CCCCCCUUGCGACCACCAACGUGCCGCCCCGUGCUCCUCCCGACGCGCUUCCCCCCACCCUGCUGCCCCGCCCCAACCCACCCACCAUCCAACUCUCCACGUCCCCUCCGCCGCGCCCUCCUCAACAACAACCUCAAUUGCGGCACGACGGUGAUCCAGCGGCGACGGCGUGCUCGAGCGGCGACUGCGACGACGGCAUCGGAAGACACGCGUGGAUUUCUGGUGCGCGGCUCCUUCUGAAUGGCAGACCUCACGGACAUGGGCUGCUGCAGCUGUUUCAGUUUCCUAAGGAAGCCCAGCGUGAAGGUAGGUCGGCCUCGGGACACUGAUGGCAUGUUGUCCAAAGAUUUGUUGAAGCGCCAGACUAGUGAAGAUUUCGAUGGGAGCUUCUACACUGGAGAUGAUCCUGACCUAAGCUUUUACAAUGGGGAUGGCAUUGAUAGAAGCUUCUUUAAUGGUGAUGAUCCUGAUAGAAGUUUCUAUGAAAGAGAUGGUACUGAUUAUAAUCAUGAAAGUGACGAUGAGCCCCCACGGAAGAGGUCUGAAGAUAUUAUUCUGACAAGGGCUCAAAGUGGCUUUGCAUGUAGAGAAAGCCUGGUUAAGGAGACUAAAAAAGUUGUUCGCUCAGAGGACGAUCUUGGCAAUAAGAUGAUCAAUCAGUAUGUUCACCUGGGCAAGAUCGGUGCUGGAAGCUAUGGCAAAGUGGUUCUAUACCGAAACAUUGAAGAUGGGAAGUUAUAUGCAGUGAAGGUGCUGAAUAAACCUCACAUGAUGAAAGUACGUGUCGUACGGUCAGAAACCGCCAUGACAGAUGUUAUUCGGGAAGUAUCCCUCAUGAAAAUGUUGAGUCAUCCCAAUAUCGUAAAUCUCAUUGAGGUGAUUGAUGAUCCAAACUCAGAUAAAUUCUACAUGGUUCUUGAGUAUGUGGAAGGAAAAAUUGUGUGGGAUAAAGGUAUAGGAGAAGCUACUUGCAGAAAGUACUUGCGGGACAUUAUUUCUGGUGUUAUAUAUCUUCACUCUCAUAACAUUAUUCAUAGUGAUAUUAAACCAGAUAAUCUCUUGGUCACAAGUACUGGCAAUGUGAAGAUAGGGGACUUCAGUGUUAGCCAGAUUUUUGAGGAUGAUGAUGAUAUGCUUCGGAGAUCUCCAGGCACUCCUGUUUUCACUGCACCGGAGUGCUGUCAAGGUUCAGCUUACCAUGGUAGAGCGUCUGAUACAUGGGCAGUCGGUGUUACUCUGUAUUGUAUGAUUACUGGGCGCUAUCCAUUUCUAGGAGAAACUUUGCAGGAAACAUACGACAAGAUUGUCAAUGAUCCAGCGGAUAUACCCAGUAACGUGAGCCCCCAACUUGUUGAUUUGCUGGAAAGGCUUCUCUGCAAAGAUCCCGGAGACCGUAUCACCCUGGAAGCUGCGGCUGCGCAUCCUUGGGUUGCUGGGGAUGAGGGGCCAGUCCCCGAAUACAUGUGUAGAUGUGGUUUUGGCCGCAGGAAGAGAAAUGGUUCACAAGAAGCAGUACAAUAACACAAAGAGUCGUUCAGAACCGGUUGUUGGGUGGUUUAGUGUAGUGUAGAUAACUGAUCAAAGCGAAAACUGGCGAGACGGACGAUGACUGAUGUGUUUCUCUCUUUCCCCUUUUAACUUUUGCGUUGGUUUGGUGGCUUGGUGCUCGGCUGAAUUUUUUGGGUACAUAAUAGAGUGCAAUCUGGUUCCCCGUUCAGUUCCUUCUUUCUGUAUGUACGUACGAUAAACAUCAUAUUGCAAAGCUUAUACGCCUUACGUUGUUGUGUA